AUGGCCACGCCUGCAGCCGACGACGAUCCCUCGGUGACACUCACGAACUGCUUUCCCAGCGUUGUACUCAAUCCUUCCAACAUCCCAUACACCUGCGAAGUCAGCGAUGCCCAACCACUGAUUGACUUGGACCUCUCCGCCUCGUACUACAACCCAGCAGGUCUCAAUCCUGGCUGGCCGGCGACUCUUGUCGAGGGAACCAAUACCAUUACAUUCGUGCCUGAUCGUGGGGCACCUUCAGGACGUUGGGGCUUGGUCAUAACUAAGUUUGCUGCCGAUAUAAGCUCUUUCACUCCUAUGACGACCAAUAAGAGCAUGGACUUCAUGCUGAUUGGUACGGCCCAUGCGAAUUUUGCUACACUCUAUCCGUAUUACGGUAUGGGUGUAUCGUUUGCACCCAAUCUUCCGAGUGGCACCAUGGCUUCCGACUACAUGCUGGUCCGCUCUUUCAAUGACUGCCGGUACACCACUACAACCUGCACUGACACUGUUGGGUGCUACAGAAUGCUGCCACCCGGAAAGCUUCCCCCUCCAGGAGAAUACAGGCUCUGUGUGACGUCAAAUGACUGGCAUGACCAAUACCUUCUGUGGGGUGCGGAAUCUCUUGAGGUGAAGCUGCUGUUGAGCACGCCGCUGUACUUGACAUCUGGUAAAGACAGAAAUGUCGUGCUGCAGGAUGCGGAAUCUGUGGUCAGUGUGUUGAGGCGUGUGUUCCUGGUGCGGUGCCCUGGCAACAACUGCCCCCUUGUGACUACUGGCAGUGGGGAAGAGGUGGUGCACCGUGAUGCGUGUGUGAACACCUCCGUCUCGUCGCGGGUGUACCUGUCCGACCUCCGUGUGCUGUCUGCAGAAGCUGGCGUGUACGCUGUGUGUGUCGAUGAUGGUGAUGGAGAGUACACUGCUCCCGCUGCGCUGCCGGUGACGGUGCUGCAGAAACCCUUUGCCUUCAAGAUAACUGUUGACACGGACCAGAACACUGCCACGAUCGAUGUCAGCGGUGGGGACCUCAAGUGGCGCAGAGAGCCGUACACGGUGUGCGCUGUGCCGCUGGGUUUGAAGUGCGAUUCCGCGACUACCUGGAUUGUUAUGUGCGAGAAGAGUGAGUUGCCGUGGUCACCGUCCAUCUUUCUGAAUAUCACCAAGAGCGGAUUGCUUGCUAAGGAUAUGAAGUUCUGCUUUCUUGCGGCCAACGUGACAAUCGGAGGACGCACCCACACACAGAUGUUCGAUUUGUCGGAAGGGAAGGGAGAGAAAAAAUUGUCCGCUGGAGUCAUUGCCGGGAUUGUCAUUGGAUGCAUCGCUUUCUUGAUUGUUGCGGUUGCCGUGUUCUACUUCUGCUACUGGCGACGAAGGCCGAAUGCGAGUAGGGACGACGAUUACCCUUCAGCCUCUGUGUUGGGGCAUCCGACGAAGAGGAGAAGCUACCCCGUGGGAAAUUCCCGUGUGACAUCUCGUGAAGGUGAUGACGGGAACUCAAGGAGUAUCGGUGGGUAUCCUUCGCUGUUUUUGCCGUCAGAGGUGGAUAACCCCAUGUCCGAUAGGCAGACGGGGGAGAGUACAUUUCCCAACGUGGGGUCUACUGGGCCUCAGUAUCAUGAUGGCUAUUCAGACGCCAUGACGUCUACGAGUUUUGCGCCGCAUGGGAGUGGGUACGCGCCACAAUCUUACGGGUGGUCAUAUCCUUCUUCCGUCAGAUGA